UGACUCUUCACCAACCACGGCGGAAUCCGUCAGGCCCACGCUCUGCAGGGUUGUCAUCUACCUACAGAAGGAGAUGUCGGGGGACACGUGCCUAACCUCCACCCUUUGUCCAGCUGCAGGGCCCAAGCCCAAAACUUGCAGCUUCAAAGGGGGCAGCCUUGGUAACAAGUACGUGCGACUGAACGUUGGGGGCUCUCUGUAUUACACUACAGUGCAAGUGCUGACCCGGCACGACACCAUGCUGAAGGCCAUGUUCAGCGGCAGGAUGGAGGUGCUCACAGACAAGGAAGGCUGGAUCCUUAUAGACCGUUGUGGGAAGCACUUUGGAACAAUUUUAAACUAUCUCCGAGAUGACACGAUUGCACUUCCUAAACACAGACAGGAGAUCAAAGAGUUGAUGGCAGAAGCCAAAUAUUAUCUCAUUCAGGGCUUAGUGGACAUGUGCCAAACAGCCCUGCAGGACAAGAAAGACUUGUACGAACCUGUGUGUAGCAUCCCUAUUAUCACAUCUCCAAAAGAAGAGGAGAGACUGAUAGAAUCUUCAAUGAAACCCGUUGUUAAGCUGCUUUAUAACAGAAGCAACAACAAAUACUCCUACACCAGUAACUCAGAUGACAACUUGCUGAAGAACAUAGAGCUGUUUGACAAACUCUCUCUCCGAUUCAAUGGCAGAGUUCUUUUCAUUAAGGAUGUUAUAGGGGAUGAAAUCUGCUGCUGGUCUUUCUAUGGACAGGGUCGGAAACUUGCCGAAGUCUGUUGUACCUCUAUAGUGUACGCUACGGAGAAGAAGCAGACCAAGGUUGAAUUCCCUGAGGCACGAAUUUAUGAGGAAACACUAAAUGUCUUACUAUAUGAAACACCACGGGUUCCUGAUAACUCCCUGCUGGAAGCAACAAGCAGGAGCCGAAGCCAGGCGUCUCACAGCGAGGAUGAUGAAGGUUUUGAACUUCGUGAUCGAGUGCGCCGAAUCCACGUGAAGAGAUACAGCACCUAUGAUGACCGUCAGCUUGGCCACUAGCGUAUCAGUCGAGGAGAAGGGCUUGUAUUGAUGUUCUCUGAGGGACAUCAGGAGGUAGGAAGGGAUCAGUUGGACUCUGUGCAUUGAUCUUCAUGUGGCCGCUUGGCUCCCUAGAGAAGCAAAUGGGCAUUUGUGCGCCCAAAGCAACGCUAAAGGCCGAGGGCUUUGAGAACUAAGAUACUAAUUUUGCACCACGUGCUUUAAAUACAGGCUGGCCCCCUUGUCAUG